UCUUUCACCAUAAUCGCAUCUCAAUUUUCCUUCCAUCUCUCAAUUAACCAACACACACACUUUCUUUCUCUCCGUUUUCUUUCCAAUCGAAAUGGCACGUACCAAACAAACCGCUCGCAAAUCCACCGGAGGAAAAGCUCCAAGGAAACAACUCGCAACAAAAGCCGCUCGGAAAUCAGCUCCGGCGACCGGAGGAGUGAAGAAGCCACAUAGAUUCCGUCCAGGAACAGUUGCUCUACGAGAGAUCAGAAAGUAUCAGAAGAGCACAGAGCUUCUUAUAAGGAAACUUCCGUUUCAAAGAUUGGUUAGAGAAAUCGCUCAAGAUUUCAAAACAGAUCUGAGAUUUCAGAGUAGUGCUGUUUCAGCUCUUCAAGAAGCUGCAGAAGCUUAUCUUGUUGGUUUGUUUGAAGAUACUAAUCUUUGCGCAAUUCAUGCUAAGAGAGUUACUAUCAUGCCUAAGGAUAUUCAACUUGCGAGAAGAAUCAGAGGUGAAAGGGCUUAGGGUUUUGUUAGGGUUUGGUUCAUUGUGAUUUCUCUUUUGUAAUCUGUUUUGAAUUUUAAUCCUAACCUAUUAUGCUCUUGUAAUCAUGAUCUGAUUUAACGUGUUUUUUUAGAAUUCAAAAAAGUUGAAUCAACUUGCUUUUCUAU